CUUAGCUCUUCCAGUUCAGUAACCUUUUAAGAGAACAAUCAUCACAUCGAACCAGCUUUCCCAUGGAGUUCCAAAACACUCCCUUCACUAAUCCCAGAGCCCUUUAUACGGUACUAGGGCAUGCGUGUGCUGGUCCUUUGGUGAGGGUUCCUAGGGAAGGAGAACGUGUCUUUUACUUUCCUCAAGGACACUUGCAACAGGACAUGUCAAUGCAGAAUCCAAAACAAGAGUUGGUUGCCAAAGAUUUGCACGGGAAUGAGUGGCGUUUUGAGCAUGUUUUAAAGGGUCAACCAAGAAGGCACUUACUUAUAGGAGGAUGGAGGGAUUUUUUCGUCUCCAAGAGGCUUGUUGUUGGGGAUGCAUUUGUCUUUUUAAGAGGUGAGAAUGAAGAGCUACGUGUUGGAAUACGACGAGCAAUGAGGUCAAAUGUCAAUGCUACUUCUUCUACAAGUUCAACUGAUCCUCUUGAUGUGCUUGCAAAAGCAUGGGAGGCCUACACAAGAAGAACCUUAUUCACCAUAUAUUACAAACCAAGGGAGAUGCCCGCAGAGUUUAUAGUUCCAUUUGAUCGGUUCAUGGAAUCUAUGAAUAACAAUUACUCAAUAGGGAUGAGAUUUCAAAUGAGUAUUGAAAGUAAAGAAGCUCUAGAGCAUAAGUUUAAUGGUUACAUAGUUGGAAUCGAAGACGCUGAUCCUAUAAGGUGGAUGGAUUCAAAAUGGAGAUGCCUUAAGGUGAAGUGGGAUCAAAAUGAAACUUCAACAGCACAUCUUCCUGAAAGAGUUUCACCGUGGGAAAUGGCUUCCCCUGGCUGGGCCUGCAUUCGAUCCUCUUCCAAUGCCCUCACAUGAAACAAACCUAUCUCUUUAAUAUUAUUUGAUGGAGACACGGACUUGUAUUUGAUACGACACGAUUUCAAUGUUACGGAAUAUGUAUCAAAUACAUGCGUAC